AUGCUAGAUGAUGAUGAGGAUUAAGUAAUAAUAGUUGAAGACGAUUCUCCAAGGGAAUAGAAUAAUAAGUAAAAAUCUAAGAAACAAUAAGAGAAAUAAUAAAGUAAUAUGGAUAGGAUUUUAAAUGCGAAUAAUCCCUUAAUACAACAAAUUACAAUAUGUGAAUAGGCAGUUUAAUAGAGAGUUCAUAUUGAUUAGUUUAUAACUAGAUUUUCUAAGGACCAGAAUAGUGCAUUGUAAUAUUUGAUUGAAAAUUAAGUUAUUGAGAACACGAAUGAAGACAAAGCCAAGGUGCUUAUGAAUACAAAGGGAUUGAACAAGGAUGCAAUAAACAAAUAUUUUUGUAAGCCAGAUCAAAAGAACUAAGAGAUUUUUGAGGCUUAUUGUCAUCUUAUGAAUUUAAAAGGGAAAAGUUAUUUAGAUUCAAUGAGAUUAUUAUUGAGUAGAUUUCGAUUAGCAGGAGAAGCAUAAAUGGUGGAUAGAGUUGUCAAAAUAUUUGCAAGAGUAUAUCAUUAAUAAAAUCCCAACGAAUUUAAGUCAGAUGAAACACCCUAUGUAUUGGCUUAUUCAUUCAUAAUGUUAUCUACUGAUGCUGCUUCUACUAAAAUCUUAGAGAAGAAUAAGAUGACAAAGGAACAAUUCUUAAAAAACAAUAUUCCAGUAUUUCCAGAUAUACCACCUAAAUACUUUGAGGAGGUUUAUGACUCAAUAACGAGAGAACCCUUUCAAACUACGCUGGAUUAUUUAGAAUAGAUGUACAAUCGUAUGAUUCUCUGUAACGAGAAACUACAAGGAGAGCAAAUAACGAAAUGGCUGUAAGUAGCCUUUGAUCUAAUGAAAGGAUGUAAUUUGGUCAAAUAUGGCAGAUACAAUGGGGGAUAGCCAAGGAAAUUCUUCUUAAGCAGCGAUGAAAAACGUAUAUGUUGGAGAUCGAUAGAUAAUGAUAAUGAACCAGCAAGAUACAUUAAUAUGUGUGAUGUACAUGACAUAGCUUUGGGACACAAUACAACUGAAAUCAUGAUUAAGAAUAAAAUUCCCCCAGAAUUUGACAUAUCAGUGGAUAUCAAAGUGAAUGAUUUGGAAAUUAAAUCAAAAUGGAUCAAUUACUUAAGAGCAGUCAUUAUAAAUCGUAGAGAGGUGGAAGCCAAGAGAGCAGAAGAGAAAUAAAGAAGAUAGGAGAAUGAGGAGAAGAGAUCAGAAAUAUGGAGAAAUGACAUCUUACCAUUCUGGCGUUCGCAUUGGGAUUAUGAACCCAAUAAACCUUUGAGUUAUAAGUAGUACAUUAGUGUCAAAAAAGAAGAAGCUGUUUAGAAAGCUUAGAAUCAGGCUAAUUCUUCCAGUGUAUUAGAAAGCUUAUGUCGUUGUCUGAAGAAGACUAUCUCAUUAAAUCCUAUAUAGAAUAGACAACAAAUACAAAACUAACAUUACAGCAAUCAAUCUGAAGUCAAUAAUGGAAGCAAUAUCUAAUAGGAGAUGAUUGUGCAAGGAAAGAAAAAUAAGUCAAUGUUACUCAUGAUCUUAUGGAAACUUGGAUUACCUGAUUUUACAAGGAGAACUCUAUGGCCCAUCAUUAUAGGUAAUAACCUUAAAAUCAGAGAAGAACUCUAUGCUUACUAUGUUAAAGACUCUAAAAUCAUUUAAGAAUCCAUUAGAGGGGAUAUCGAAAGGGCAAAGCAACAAUAUCCUUUCAUUACUGAUGUCAAAGCCAAGGAGUUGUCAAAUAUCUUGCAUGCCUUCAGUAAUUAUAGACCAGAUUUCGGAUACAUACCAGAUUUAAUAGAUAUUGCAGUAGUUCUUAUCAAGCAUUUGCAAGAAUAUGAUUGUUUCUAGGCCUUGGUCAAUCUACUCCAUUAAUAUCAUUUCCUGAGUGUUUUUUAAAAUGAUAUAAGAUAAAUCGAAUGGAGACUGCGAUUCUUUGAGGAGAACCUAUAAAGAAUUCUACCUUUUGUACAUAACCAUCUCAAGGCCAUUAAAUUAGAAACAAAGCUCUAUUUAAUGAAAUGGUUUUUGAAAAUAUUCUUACAUCAAUUCAAAUUUCCCAUGCUUUCAAGAUUAUGGGAUAAUUUUCUGUUGGAAGGAGAGAUCUACUUAUUCAAAGUUGGAAUUUGUUAUUUGAAAUAUUUCUAGAUAGAGUUGAAAAUGAGUAAUUUGGAUGAAGUUGUGCGAAUUCUGACAAAUUGGUAGCCAGAAGUGAACGAGGAUUACUUUUUCAUAUAAAUUGAUGAAAUUCCGAUUAAGGAUGAUGAUUAUACUAAGUUUUUGGAAUAAUAAAAUGCAGCAGUACUAAAUACAUAAAUUCAUUAAACUUUAAUUGAUUCUUGA